AUGGCCGAUGCCACAGUCAAGGACAAGUUUUGGGGAUACCUCGACGAGAUGGCAGGUGAGGGGAAGGAGAGAAGCGAUGUGACCACCGUUGCAGAGAUACUCGACCGUGGCGCUGGUGUGCAGAUUGAGGACUGUGGCGGUAAGAGUGACUUGAUGUCUACCACUCGCGCGGAGUUCGACCGGGCCCACCUCCAGGUGCGCGCCUACGGGGACCUCUCGAGCAACGUGUCAGGGGGGACCCUCCACGUCAAGCUGUACAAGGGCUCGGCUGCCGAAGGCUCGUCGACAGGAGACUGGGUGAAGCGUGAACUCGCAUGGCACAGCGUCCCUCACGCGUACGAGGAGGACCUGUGCAGGCACCUCGGCAGAAGCCACAGCCGGCGCGGGUGCCCCCUGCCGCCCGGGCGCACGGAGCUGCGCCUCGCCCUCGACACGCUCCCCCCCAUGGUGGUGGCCGGCGGCUACCGGCUGAAGAUCAGGGCCGUCGAUUCCGCGGGCAGGGCCAUGACGUGCUUGCGGGUGCACGUGGAUGUCCCCCGAGGCAAGAGUGGCGAGUUGUUCCGCAGGGUCCAAGCGCUGCCUGUGGCACAUGCAGGACGGGUUCUGAUGUCUGGAGCCGAAAGUUGCAACUGUCCCUACUCAGACCCCGUAUGUGGUGAAGACGGCCAGACGUAUGACAGCACCUGUCAAGCCAGCUGUGCGAAUAUUGAACCAGCUUACUUGGGCGAGUGUGACUACCAGGUAGUUCGUGAUGAGCGAGCCCUCAGUUCGUGGUGGACAAAGACCGAACAGGAGCGAGACCUGUGCGAAGAUGACGAUGCCGCCAUCGUUUUUUUAGCCCAACAGGGCAAUGUUUCCGGGGUCACUGGUUGCGGGGAUGUUGCUGGCAUGUGCUUCCUCAGCGAAGAGGUGCAAGGCGUCUGCUGCCAAACAUGUGCUGCAGCUAUGACGGAGUGCAACGACUAUAACGACGUACUCGCGACAUUAGAUCUAGGGCAUGACGAUUGCAGCGAAGUGGCUGGCUGGGGCUUGUGUGAUAUGAUUUCUAAAGUAUUCGGGGGAUUGUGUUGCGAAGCAUGCUCUUCGGAGGCCACGACAACGACCGACAAGGAGCUCUGCGCGGACGGCUGCUACAACGGGUGGCCGGGCGACGGCUACUGCGACAGCGUGUGCAACAAUUGGGAGUGCAAUUAUGACGGAGGCGACUGCGACGCCACGCCAGAGCCAGAGCCAGAGCCUGAGCCCGAGUGGUGGACAACGACCGACAAGACGUGUGCGAAGAUGACGAUGCCGCCAUCGUUUUUUUAG